AUGCCUGUGUCGACUUCGGUGUUGAUGUCAAUGUUGAUGUCUGUUGAUGUCAGUGUUGGUGUCAACUCUGAUGCUAGUAUUGAUGUCGAUGUCAGUGCUGAUGUUAAUGUUGAUGUCACUGUUUAUUGUCGAGUCUUUAUUUAUGUCAGUGUCAAUGUCAGUGUCGAUGUCUGUGUCAACGUCACCAUUGAUGUCAUUGUCGAUGUCAAUGUUGAUGUCACUGUCAAUUUCAGUGUUGAUGUCACUGUCAAUGUCACCCUUGCUGUCAGACCCCCGCGCCCCUACGUCACCCCCGCGCCCCGUACGCCCCUACGUCACCUAACCGGCCCCAAAACGUCAGCCCUACGUCCCCCUACGUCAGGCAGCCCCGCGCCCUACGUCAGCCCUCGCGCCCCUACGUCAGCCCCCGCGCACCCUACGUUACGUCACGCCGUCAGCGCGCCCUACGUCAGCCCCCGCGCCCCUACUCAUGUACGUCAGCCCCGCCGCCCCUACGUCAGCCCCGCGCCCUACGUCAGCCCCUGCGCCCCUACGUCAGCCCCCGCGUCACCCUACGUCAGCCCCGCCCCUACGUCAGCCCCCGCCCCCUACGUCAGCCCCGCGCCCUACGUCAGCCUCCGCGCCCCUACGUCAGCCCCCGCGCCCCCCCCCGCGCCCCUACGUCAGCCCCCGCGCCCCUACGUCAGCUUACGUCAGCCCGCGCCCCUACGUCAGCCCGUCGCCCCCGCGCCCCUACGUCAGCCCCCCGCGCCCCUACGUCACGCCCCCGCGCCCUACGUCAGCCCUCCGCGCCCCUACGUCAGCCCCCAGCGCCCCUACGUCAGCCCCGCGCCCCUACGUCAGCCCCGCGCCCCUACGUCGCCCCGCGCCCUAUGUCAGCCCCCGCGCCCCUACGUCAGCCCCGCGCCCCUACGUCAGCCCCUGCGCCCCUACGUCAGCCCCGUGCCCCUACGUCAGCCCGCGUCGCCCCCUACGUCGCCCCGCGCCCCUACGUCACGUCAGCCCUCGCCCCCCAGCCCCUACGUCAGCCCCCGCGCCCCUUACGUCAGCCCCCGCGCCCCUACGUCAGCCCCCGCCCCUACGUCAGCCCCCUCGCCCCUACGUCAGCCCCCGCGCCCCUACGUCAGCCCCUACGUCAGCCCCCGCGCCCCUACGUCAGCCCCCGCGCCCCUACGUCACGUCGCCCCGCGCCCUACUCGCGCCCCUACGUCAGCCCCGCGCCCUACGUCAGCCCCGCGCCCUACGUCAGCCCCCGCGCCCCUACGUCAGCCCCCUCGCCCCUACGUCAGCCCCGCGCCCCUACGUCAGCCCCCGCGCCCUACGUCCCCCCGCGCCCCUACGUCAGCCCCCGCGCCCCUACGUCCGCCCUACGUCAGCCCCCGCGCCCCUACGUCAGCCCCAGACACUUCCCCGAGCGACGCGAAGGGCCGAAAGCGCCAAUCGGAAAAAUGGCGAGCGCAUCGAACGCUGGCCGGAGAUCAGGGCUUGCAACGGCGCUCGCUCCCGACGGACGAAAGGCGCCCGGGUUGCGGCUGCUGCGAUGGCGGGCGGGGGCGGGGGUUGGGGUGGGGGGGCGUUUGA